GUCGGGGCUCGCGCACACAGAGCUGGCAGCGGAAGAGCGGAGGCGGGAAGCUGACGUCGCGGCGCCUUCCCGCGUGUGGCGCGUAAGGACUGUGGCCGCGAGAACUUUCCUCUCCGUUUCAGCUGUGAAGCAAGGCCGGUUGCAUGGGCGGUUGGUAUUCUGAAAAAGAUGUUUUUAAAACCUUUUACGUAUCCACUACCCGAAACAAGGUUUCUUCAUGCAGGCAGAAGUGUAUAUAAACUUAAAAUCAGAUAUGGCAACUUCCUCAGCAGUGAUGAUAUAGACAAUAAUGAAAGUACUGCCAAGGAAUUAGAGGAAGCCAUUCGAGUAAUCAUUGGAAAUCUUGAUAAUUUACAUCCAUUUGCUACAGAACGCUUGACUAUAUUUCCAUAUUUAAGUAAAUGGGAGAGAGUAUCAAAAUUGAGAUUCAAACAUGGGGAUACAUUUCUUGCUCCAUAUCCUCAUGUUUGCACUAUGUAUGUUGAACUCAAUUCAUUUCAGCAAAGUAUAUUUGUUGGAAAAGAAAUAAAUACGGAUGCUUGUAACUUUGUCAAGGAUAGAAUUGAAAUGAUAGAAAAUGUUGAAACAGAAGCAACAGUGAAGUGGAGAAGAGUGGAAGAUCCAGCAGAAAUUUCACAUGCAAAGCCAUGUAUGGAUAGAACUGAAACUGAAAAUAUUCACACUGGAAGCAAGUCAAAAGGUGACUUCGGAAUGUCAGAAGAUAUUCAGCAGAAAUAUCAGGAUCCUGCAGCCCUUAGGAAGGACUAUGGCCAUAUGAGUGUGUGUAAGUAUGAAAUUAUCAGUAUGCUUACUGUGUUUGAACUGGUCACAUUGAUUAUUUGA